AUGGACUUUGCAGAAAUCCUACUUGCGUUGUUUAUCGUUGUGGUAGCGAUCGUCUCUUUGUUGUCGAACUUACUAGUGUUGCUAUGUUUUAUCCACAGCAGCGAGAUUCGCAGACAGGUGCCUGGCAUAUUCACAAUGAACUUAUCGUUCUGCAAUAUUUUAAUCACUAUUUUGAACAUGCCAUCAACUCUGAUCGGGAUUAUCAAAAAUCAACAACCAUUUGGGAAUUGCCUGUGCCGCACGGUCAGCUUCUUGGAAACCUUUUUAACCGCCAACACCAUGCUGAGCAUGGCUGCCCUAAGCAUAGACCGCUGGAUUGCCGUGGUUUUCCCGCUGAGUUACUCUAGCAAAAUGCGAUACCGGGACGCACUCAUCAUGGUGUGUUACUCAUGGCUUCAUUCCCUCACAUUCUCUCUCAUCGCGCUGCUCUUUUCCUGGGUUGACUACAGCCAUAUUUACGCAUCCUGUACAUUGCAUUUGAACGAGGAGAACGCACGGAUUAAGUUCACUGUGUUCACCAUCGUCUUUCAUGCCACCAGCUUCAUGCUCUCGUUGCUGAUCUUGUGCUUCACAUACUUAAAGGUGUUAAAAGUUGCACGUUUUCACUGCAAGAGGAUUGACAUUAUAACCAUGCAGACCCUCUUCUUGCUGGUAGAUAUUCACCCAAGUGUUAAACAACGCUGUCUCGCUGAACAAAAGAGGAGGAAACAACGCGCGACCAAGAAAAUCAGCAUUUUCAUUGGGUCAUUUAUCAUCUGUUUCGCCCCGUAUGUCAUAACCAGGCUGGCUGAGCUUCUUCCAUUUGUGGAUAUCAACCGCCACUGGGGCAUUGUCAGCAAGUGCCUGACAUACAGCAAAGCUGCAUCCGAUCCCUUUGCCUACUCUCUCUUGCGCCAGCAGUACAAGAAGGUCCUGGUCAGUGUGGCCAACCGUCUGCUGAGGCGAGAUCUGUACCCUUCCUCUGGACACAACAGCUCUUUAGACACAGAGAAUGAUUACUGUCUCCAAAGAAUCAGCUAA